UAAAAAGAGCCCUUUGCUUAUAAUUGCUUAUAAAGGAUUCGAUAGCAUCUAAACUACUUUCUGAUUAUAACUCAAAGGCUACCUUUGGCUGCUUAAACCAACAGAAACCCUAAAAAGAUUGAUUCUUAUACAUCAUCAUGGGAAGAGGGAAGAUUGUGAUUCGAAGAAUUGAUAAUUCUACAAGCAGACAAGUUACCUUUUCGAAACGACGAAAGGGUUUGAUUAAGAAAGCAAAAGAGUUGGCAAUUCUUUGUGAUGCAGAAGUUGGACUUGUUAUCUUUUCUAGCUCCGGCAAGCUUUAUGAAUUUGCAAAUACCAGCAGCAUGAAAUCUGUUAUUGAACGAUACAACAAAACAAAAGAGGAACACCAGCAAUUGCUGAAUCCAACAUCAGAAGUUAAGUUCUGGCAAAGAGAAGCAGCAAUCUUAAGGCAACAACUGCACAACUUGCAAGAAAGCCAUCGACAACUGUUGGGAGAACAACUUUAUGGUUUGACGGUCAAAGACCUACAAAGCCUAGAGAAUCAAUUGGAAAUGAGUUUGCGGGGGAUUCGCAUGAAAAAGGAACAAAUCUUGACUGAUGAAAUACAAGAGCUUAGUCGAAAGGGAAACCUUUUUCAUAAGGAAAAUGUUGAACUGUAUAAGAAGGUAAACCUCAUACGUCAAGAAAACAUUGAGUUGUACAAGAAGGUUUAUGGUACAAGGGAAGAGAAUACAACUGGAAAUUCCUUUCUUAUGUAUGGGUUCAACGGUGAAGAAAAUUCUUGCAUCCCGACCCAUUUGCAACUAAGCCAGCCUGAAACCCCAAACACCGAGGCACCACCCAAAGCAACAGAGUAAAAGUAAGAAGAAGAAAGACUUUUAUCCUUGGACAGCA